CAAUGGUAUGAGAGUGUUUUAUGUGUCCUAGCAACUGCAGUAAACUACUGCUUGGAGUUUCCUGACAGCAUCGCUGCGGAGCCUAGGGGUACCCCAUUGUAGUCAUGGAUGACCCGGACUGCUCUUUGGAAGUCAGAUGGGUGCAAGGACUUAAUAAGAGGAAUGUCACGUUUAUGAAUGACAGCACUGUGUGUUACCCGUGUGGAAAUUUCAUUGUUUUUAUUGACGCAGAGACAAGAAAACAGUCGCUGUUUCAAUGCACAACAGGCAGCAUUGGAGCCUUCGCCGUAAAUAUAACCAGCGAGGUGGUGGCUUUCUCCGAUCAGAAACUUAAACCAGAUAUUUAUGUGUAUACUUAUCCGGGAUUUGUUAAAAGAGCACAGCUAAAAGGGGGAGCUGAAUUGGAUUAUUCUUUAAUUGCAUUCAGUUAUUCCGGGUCCUUUUUGGCAAGCUAUUCUUCUGUCCCGGACCACACGCUUACGAUCUGGAACUGGUAUGAAGGUAUUCCUCUGUGCAGCAGAUCUGAAUCUAGUACCAUUUUUACCAGCUUGACAUUUAACCCUUUCAACACGUUUCAACUGUGUUUGUCCAAUGAAACGUCAAUUUGUGUUUGGAACAUUGAAGUGUGUGACACCGUGUACCAGCUACAAGCACUACCAGUGAGACUUCCCAAUGAAGAGGGAACAAUACCUGUGGAGGAGGAGGAGAGAUUUCAUACCACUUCCAACCUCUCGUAUUAUGGACCAUUGAUGCCCAUAUCUUCCAUUGCUGGCUUAGUGGAUGAUAGCGCAGGGACAUUUAUUCCAAAAGAGCAAAGGAAGCCUGUGGUCAGCCCUAGUUCCCAUUGCUGGAGUUCAGCUUCUGAUAUAUAUGUGGGUUGCAAAGGAGGACACCUUCUAGCUAUCAACUCUGAGACACAGACGGUUACUGUAUUAAGCCAAAAACAGCAGUCAGAAGACUCAUUUAGGAUCGCUCUGCGUGAAGGAAGUAUAACGAUGAUGGCGCUUCAUAGAGACGGACUAUACAUUGCUGGAAGUGAUGGUAUUUUGCGACGGUGUUCUAUCAAAGGUACCGAGUUCAAAGUGGAAAAUUGUUGGGAUGCAAAAGAGCCCAUCGAGAGUAUCAGCGUUUCAGCCAAUUACAAAAUGCUAUCGGUGGCUACCAGUAAGGGCUCGCUGUACCUAUAUAAUACUCAUCGCCCGGAAGAUACACUGAAAAUGUUAAGUGGAUACAGUGAGGAUUGGCUUGCUGCUGAUUUUGUGACCACAGGAAACACGUAUUGCUUGACUUUAGGAAUGGCAGGAGACAUGCAGGUGUGGUCUGUGGAAGAUGGAAGAAGCAUUGGGGGUCUGAAUCUUAACAUACAGGCAACGUGUAUGGCGUGCUGUCCAUCAUCUCACUACGCCGCAGUCGGAAGUAACACCGGGCAUGUCUAUUUCAUUGAUCUUAAUAACAUAGAAACUCCCAGAAUAAUCCAAAGAACCAGGCUUUAUCAUCUGUCCGUGAAACACCUACAUUUUGACCAACAAGGUAAAUUUCUUCUAACCGGGGCUGCUGAUGGAUACAUUUUCAUCCUGGAUGCAAGACCAUCCUGCUCUUUUCAGGUUCUUGGAUGCACAGUGGCUGGUGGAGACAUUUUGUCCUUGUCAACACUGAGCUAUGUGGAUUCACAGCAGGUUAAAACGUUGGCCCUUGUCUGCCCCACGGGACAGAAUAAUGAAGAGGAAGGGGGAACUCGGUUGGUGCUGUUUUCUCUGCCAUCAGAUAUCCUGAUAUCAAGCCGCUCUGAUGAUAGAGGCAUGUUUAAGGACAGUGUGAUCCUGAAGUGUCUUUAUGAAGUGGAACAACCCCUCGUUUCAGCAGUAUUGGGGAGCAAUGCCAAAUCAGUCUUUGGAUAUAGCAGUUACUCACCAUUUAUUUAUAAAUUUCUAAUCCCAGAGGAAACCUCUGCAGGUCCCGUGGUCUUUCUAAAUGUAGAGAGGAAAGUGCGAGGAAGUCGCCUUGGACCUGGGUCUCUUAUUUUGUCUCCACACCACAAAUGGCUCGCAGUAUCUGCAAAAGAUGGUAUUUUGUAUCUUCAAGACUCAUAUAAUCUAGAAGGCUUUGCACAGCCCUGUUGUCAUUCUUACCAUACAGGGGGGAUCCGCUCAAUGGCUUUUUCUUUGGAUGGACAUAGCAUUGUCACCACGGGGAUAGGAGAUGGCACACUUGUGUAUCUGAGAUGGAAGUCCAACAUAGACAAAAUGAAAGCAUCAUUUGAUUAUGGAUAUCUUCUCAAACGCUUUUUGAGUAAUUCUAUGGCAAGCGCGGAUGAGGCGUUGACAAGAAUGUCCUUGUGGUCAUUCCAACCAGAUAAUUCCACUGGACAACGAGAAGAACUAGAGGAUAAACCCAUGAAUGUGGAGGUAACCACACAAGAUGACAGCUACACUAAUCCAUCUCUCGCAGCUGACCCUACUUGGCUAGACCAAAAAAUGAUCAAGGCAGUAAACGAAGAGACACAAAAAUAUGCGAGCGAGAAAAAGAAAUUGAAAGAUGGUGUUAAAGAGCUCCGGCAAACUAUACAAGCAAUGAUGCGAGAGAAUGAGUCGCUACCGGACAUUGAAAAGCUGGACCAACAGGAGUUUAACUUGGACACAGAGGAGCAGGAGAGGCUGCUUGCAGAGAGUGAACAAGAAGUGGCAAGAGUGCGCAAAGAGAUUGAGUUGGAGAACUUGUCCAAACAAUACCUACGUGAAAUCAUCAAACAGGAAUGCUGGGACUCCAUGGCAGUUAAGGGACGUUCAAUUGUGGCUUUCCAUACAGAAUAUGAAGUGAACAAUUAUCCUUUGAAAGAACGGUCCACUAGUGAGCUAGAGGAUUUUGCAAGAGUGCUAAAUACAAAGAAGAUUGAAGCUGUUGAUCUUAAAGCCCGAAAGGAGAUUGUUGAAUUUCAGACAAAACUUGGACCAGACGAAGAAGAUGAAGUAGAGGAGGAGAGUGUGCAGAAUGAAGAGAGCACAUCGCUGAUUGGAAGCCUGAGUGAUCAGUAUGGAGGAGAUACAUCAAACUUGUACAGCCAGCUGGCGCUCCAUACAAGAGAGGAGAAAAUAAACCAGAUAAUACUGCUUCAAGACAUAAUUCACAACGUCAAGAAAGCCUUCAACAAAGAAUUUGAUUUGAUUGGCAAACAAAAAGAACAAGAAGUUACUCGUGUAAAGGAAAGGAACCAGAGAAUUCUAGAAAUCAUGUCAGAACUAAGUGUGCAAGAGAAGACUCUAGAUCCAGAAUUUACGGAUAAUGAGAAACCAGAAAGGGCUCUGACUGUGGAGGAUAACGAGGUUAAAGUACAAAAAUAUCUAACGCCAGAACAGAAAGCAAAAACAGAGCAACUGCAGAAACAAGAAGAAGAGAGGCGUCUUGCUGCACAGGGAGAUAAUGCCAAAGAGCGCGCCCUCAAUGAUAUGAUGGGAGGUGUCCUGGAGGUGAAGAAGGAAGACAUAUUGAGAAUGGCGGUCCCAGAGCCAGCGUUCCUAUCCAGGUCAGAGGCAGAAUGGAACGAAGAUGAAAGAAAGCAGCUCAAAGAAUAUGAGAAGAAAUGUAAGGAGCUUAAUGAGGAAAAGGAGAAAUACAGAAAGGUAUUAGAGGCAGAAAUGAAAAAGCUGCAGUCAUCUAUACAGGAAACCACUCAAAGUUUUGAUGACAUGUUGACCAAACUGUUUGAAAAGAAGGUGAAAUCAGAAAUGGUUAUCUACCAGGAAGAGCUGAAAAUCAGUAAUCUCAUUUUCUCGAUUCUGAUUGAAGAGGAAAUGAACACGAGGCUGACCCAGCUCAAUCACAUCCUGGAAAAGAAGCGCAAAGAGAAGAGUGAAACAUCUGAGGCGAUGAAGACCUUCAAGGCUCAAGUGGAUGAAUUCAGGGAGGCUUAUGAUAAUCUAGUGGCAGAAGAUAAGCUUUUAGAUCGAGGAUUUAAGAAGGAGUUUUCAGACAUCCCGGCUCAUCAAGUUGAUCAACUUUAUAAACUUUACAAGAGAAGGCCAAGAGUACAGCGCCUGAGGACGCAGACAGACAAUGCAUCACCUUUUGGAGAUCGCCCAGGAUCAGCAAAAGCAUAUAAUGAGUCAAUUGUUCAGUUAAUGAGGGCGAUGGAUGAAUUUGAUGCUUUAGAACACAUGCCAGAUGGACUGGAGUUGUCAGUGUGGCAACGUUUCUGUUUGUCAAGAAGAUCGAAAAUGGAGUAUGAACAGCAAGUGAAACGCAAAGCCCUGAUUUUAGCCGAAAUGCAGUCAUUCCUGCAGCGGCGCGUAGCAGAAGAUGAAAAGACACGUCAAGAUAUGGAGAAUAUCAUGCAGGAGCUGAAUGUGCUGCGAAAUGAGAAGAUGAAAUUUCAGCUGGAUCUCACUGUGCAGUUCCUUCUUAAACAAGGACAGGUGGAAGUGGAGAACAAGGAUUUAAUUCCUGACUUUGAGGAUGCCCUGCUGCUUCACAGGAGUGUCGUUGAAGACUUAAACAGCACAAUACGCGGUCUUGGAGAACAGAAAAUCGCAAGCAUGGUAGAAAGUAAAGAUUUCCGAAAAGGAAUUGUUCAGCUUGAAUGGGAGCAUAAGAAAAUACGCAUGGAAAUGGAAGAUCUAAAGCAGAAAUCAAGGGACAUUACUAUGCUUCGUGUCUCAAAAGAACUCCAAAUAUUCCUGAAUGAGUCCGAUUAUUCCAAGCGCGUAUCUGACCAGCUAUCGGUCCUGGAAGAAACUCUUAAUGUUCAAGAAAAACAUCAUGAAAAAAAUGUGAAGAGCUACAAAAGAAUUGUAAAGGACAUAGAAAAAGACAUUAAUAAAAAGAUGCAGGCAAAUGUCCAACUUGACAAGGAUCUGCAUGACUUGCUGCUUUCUUUCUCAGAAAGAAAACAUAUUUAUGAAGUUGUUGGAGCAGAGAAAAGUUCUGAGAAGCAUUCAGCUGAGCGGUACAAGGACCUUAUACGUCGAAGGAAGCUAGUGGACCUUGCAAACACACAAGCCCAUGAGAUUUCAGUUCUCCGAGCCGAAGUAGAUAGGCUUAGGAUGAAAACCUUCCCUGCAUUAAUACAAAUGGAAUACUAGAAAAUACAAGGAACUGUAGCAGUAAAGAAUAUCACAGAAGAAUGAUGUGACUUAUGUUUUUGUUCUUUUUGUAAAGUUUUAUUUAAUGUAAUCUGCAAAACAAGUGCAGAUAUUUUUCUUGUGGUUAAUCAAAAGUUGUUAAAAAAUAAUAAGUUGACUCAAAAUGAUUUUCCAUCCUUAAUCUCCAGAAACUAGCAGUUCACAACACUUUAGGCAGGUGUCUGUUGCUCAGAACUACUAUAUCACCGUAUCAUAGAAACACAGUAAUUUAGGUUGAAAAAAGUUAAAACUUGAUAUUGAUCCGGAAGAAGGCAAAACCCCCACAUUGUAGCGAUUUCCAAUUGAGUUUGAAAAAAGGGAAAAAUUCCUUCUUAACUUUAAGAUGGCAACCUGAUGUAUCACUGGAUCAACAAACAUUAACCCUUUUCACUGCUUUAAGUGAAAAUGUAUUUUUUUGGGAAGUCUAAAUGGAUGACCGUAUGUUCUUUACAGAGUCAUGUUAAUGAACAGGUCAUUAAAGCGCAUUUGCUCUUG